AUAUGUAAUAUUACUGAAUGCAUAUCUACUGAAGUUUUACAGCAGCAUAGUGACAGAUCUACACAGCGCGGUAAGCAGUAAGUGAAGUUAAGUGCAGCUACAGUUUCUCAAGAUGUCCGAAGAUAUUUAUGCCAAACCAGAUAUGUCAAAGAAGGUGAGAUACAAGAGAACUGUGCAGGAAGACAAAGGAGAGUGGGAGGAAAGGGAGGUGGAAAUAUACGAGAGCACAGACGCUAUCAGAGAUGAUCACAUUGAUUAUCAGUCACAUGGAGGAGGACCAGACACUGAGAGACAUCCUCCAGCUGUCCAAAGGAAGACUUUCAGGGCUGCAGCACUCUGUCUGGCAGUGCUCUGCUUUCUGAUGAUGACUGGAAUCAUCCUCUUAUCCGUAUACUUCACUUUGCUGCAGACCAGAUACGACCAACUGAGCAACAACAACAGUCAGCUCCAAGUGAAAGUUUCAGACAUCUCCGUCAACUACAGUCAGUUACAGCCCAGAUACAAGGUCCUGCAGACUAGAUACGACCAACUGAGUAACAACAACAGUCAGUUACAGAGCAGCUACGAAACACUGAGUGUAAAUCACAGUAAGUUACAGGAUGAAGUAAAGCAGCUGAAGGACAGAACUGAAGUAAUUUUGCUGCAGACCAGAUACGACCAACUGAGCAACAACUACAGUCAGUUACAGGAUGAAGUAAAGCAGCUGAAGAACAGAACUGAAGAGAAGUGCUGUUGUGAUGGAUGGACGAGAUUUGGAUGCAGUUGUUACUUUAAAUCUAAAGAGAAGAAGACUUGGUCUGGAAGAAGAGCUGACUGUCAGCAGAGAGGAGCAGAUCUGGUCAUCAUAAACAACAAAGAAGAACAGAAGUUUGUCACUGAGCUGAAUAAGGAUGGAGAGUCCUGGAUUGGUCUACGGUAUGUAGGGAAACAAGGAGGAUGGAAAUGGGAAUGGGUGGACAAAUCACCGCUGACAGAAACGUUCUGGGCAGCAGGACUGACUCCUGACUAUUACUUGAACGCUGCAACAUGCUGCGAUCAACAAGGAAAAUGGACACAAAGAUAUUCUGAGAAUAAUAAGAACUGGAUCUGUGAGAAAAAGAUCUGAUCUGAACUCUUUGAUGACAGAGAGGUGUGUAGUGUUGGGAUCAGCUUUGUCAAAUCAGACCAAUUCUUUAACAUUUGCUCAGCUGUUUAUUCUGUGUUGCUAAAUAACCUGAUUACAGAGAUAUUGUUCCUCUGCCCUUCAUAGAGCACAAUCUGGUUAGAAGUCAUGUGUACUUACUCUGUAGUCCUACAGGAUUAUUAUAAUAAAAGCUAAUAAAAACAUG